AUGCUAAAUACGGGAUUGAACACCUCACCUAGUGCGGAUGUUGUACUUACCGUUGAUAAGCCCGAUUGUUUAAUGGACGAAGAAGUUACGGUCAAGGUUACAGGACUGUCUCCAAACGACAAAGUUAUCAUCUUGGCAACAACGGAGUUAAAAGAAAACUUGUUCUGGUCACAUGGUCUAUUUCGGGCCAAUAGCAGUGGUGAUGUGGAUCUGAGGAAGGACGCACCAAUCAGCGGCAGUUAUAGUGAUGCAGACCCCGCAGGCUUACUUUGGAGUAUGGUUGCAGCACCAUGGCUACCAGCAUACACGCGCAUGUUCCAAGCCACAGCUAUAAAACCAAGAACAAUAAACUUUAGUGUAUUCCCAGAAUCAAACGAUCCAAGUGAGUACCUUAGAGAUAAAACAAAAGUACUCGCAACAGCUGAAAACCGACGAUGGUACACAAAUACCAGUACAAGGCGAAUACCCAUUGACCAUCCAAAACUUAAAGGCACUUUAUUCCUACCAGAAGGGCACGGUCCGUUCCCGGGGGUCAUCGAUAUGUACGGAGCUUUUGUGUUGAUCGUGGAGGAACGAGCGGCUCUAUUGUCGUCCCGGGGCUUCGCAACUCUAUCCUUGAGCCUGCCACAAACACUGCCGGAAAUUGACCUCGACUACUUUGAGGAAGCGGCGGAAUGGUUUGCUAGUUUACCAGAGGUACGUUCAGACGGCAUUGGUAUAAUGUCUUUGUGCCUUGGGGGAUCGUUGGCAUUUUGGAUGGCACAGCACAUUCCGAACGUCCGAGCAAUCGUCGGCAUUAACGGUAUUCCAUGCGCGUUCCCUUAUUGGACGCACAAAGGUGUUAAUAUAGCGUCAAAUACAAGGAUCGAACUGGCACGUGUCCAGUUCAAUCAGGAGGGUUUCCUGUUACGUGACUUAUUUGUGGUACCUGACGACAGCUAUCUAAAGCCGUGGACACAUGGCGCUCAUCUCUUGACAAUCUUGGGUUUGGAUGAUCUCCUGAAUAGUUUAGAACAUACUUUCCAUCUAUAUGAUGACCUCAUGCCCCAGGACUACCGCAAAGAGAAGGCCGAGCUUGUGACAUAUCCGGGGGCGGGGCAUAUCAUAGACCCACCAUACACACCUGUAUGCCGAAUAUUAAACGGAUUUGAUCGUUUUCUGCAAACAAUUCCGGUGACAACUCCGGUUUGCAAACGCAAUAACCUCAUCAUUAAUGGAGGAUAUCCCAAGGAACAUGCAGCAGCACAAAAGGAUGCGUGGCAGCGAUCAGUAAACUUCCUCAAGAAACAUUUGUGCUAA